CUGCACAUCCCAGACUUUCGACGCGUAUACACGAGAUACCCCAUCAUCUCCAACUGACUACUUCGCAAUGGUCAAAGAGACCAAGCUCUACGAUUCAUUAAGCAUAUCACCGACCGCUACGCAAGAUGAAAUCAAGAAAGCCUAUCGCAAGAUGGCGCUGAAAUGGCAUCCGGACAAGAACAAGGACAAUCCGGCUGCUGCCGAGAAAUUCAAAGAAUGUUCACAAGCCUACGAGAUCCUGUCCGACCCCGAAAAGCGCAAGACCUACGACCAGUUCGGUCUCGAAUUCCUGCUUCGCGGCGGCGCACCUCCGCCCGAGGGCGGUGCCAGCCCUGGCGGCAACCCAUUCGAAGCAGGCGGCUUCCCCUUUGCAAGCGCAGGUGGCAUGCCUGGUGGGACGCGGACAUUCCAUUUCUCAACCGGAGGUGGCAGCGGAGGCUUCCAUUUCUCGAAUCCGGAAAGCAUAUUCUCAGAGUUCUUGCGCGGCGGAGGGGCGAAUUUUGGCGGAGGAGACGAUGACGAAUUCGGUGGAUUCGGCAUGGGAGGAAUGCCGGGCGGUAUGCCGGGCGGUAUGGGCGGGGGAGCGAAAAGGAGAGGGCCGGGUGGGUCAAGGUUUGAUGGUGGGAGAAGGCAACCGGCACCCGAAGUCACCGUCGUCGAGAAGCCGCUACCGGUAUCAUUGGAGGAGCUAUUCAAUGGCACCACGAAGAAGAUGAAGAUCAAGCGGAAGACUUACGACCCGGCAACCGGCAAACAAAGCACACAAGACCGGAUCCUCGAGGUGCCGAUUAAGAAAGGCUUGAAGGCGGGCAGCAAGAUCAAGUUCUCGGAUGUCGGUGAUCAGGUAGAGGGCGGGACACAGGAUCUGCACUUCAUUGUGUCAGAGAAACCCCAUCCUCUUUUCACCCGCGAAGGCGACGACAUCAAGCACAUCGUCGAACUUGACCUCAAAGAAGCCCUUACUGGCUGGCGACGGACCGUACAAACGAUCGACGGAAAGCAAGUAGCCGUCAGCAGUGGCGGACCUACCGGACCGACCUUCACCGAACGUUUCCCGAAUCUCGGAAUGCCAAAGAGCAAGAAGCCCAACGAGCGCGGCGACUUCGUCGUGGGCGUACGCAUCAAGUUCCCGACAUCGUUGACGGCACACCAGAAAGAGCAGCUCAAGCAGAUUCUGUGAGAACGGCAUCCAUUUACUUGCGCCGCGGCGCAUGCAUCACUACCAACAGAUCGACACGAUUAAAAGCCCGGCCGGCUCGAGAAUAAUACCUUUCUACUCUUGUUAUUAUCUUCUCUCUUGGUUUCUCAUAAAGCUACAGCGUGGUUGCUGAGCGAAAGGCGUUGGACGGUCUACUAGCAUCGGGGCUUCUAUCGGACCUUUACAUCCCAUACUUUACCUCUGGAAGGGACUGAAUACGGAGGAAGAUCAUACGUUUGAUGAAGGAUGAAUGAAUGAGGGGACGAAGCGAACGACAUAUCUCGAAUAGGACGAAACUAGCGAAUUCAAAAUGGUUGUUGGUG